AUGCACAAUACAAGCAGGCAAAGCACAUCCACUAAUUCAAGUGUUUUGAUGGUAGGACCCAAUUUCAGGGUUGGAAAAAAGAUAGGAUGUGGUAAUUUUGGAGAACUUCGCCUUGGGAAGAAUCUGUAUAAUAAUGAACAUGUUGCAAUCAAAUUGGAACCCAUGAAAUCUAGAGCACCCCAGCUUCAUUUGGAGUAUCGGUUUUACAAGCAACUUGGACAGUCAGAAGGGGUACCGCAAGUUUACUAUUUUGGACCAUGUGGAAAAUACAAUGCUCUAGUCUUGGAAUUACUAGGUCCAAGUCUAGAAGACUUGUUUGACCUUUGUGAUAGAAAGUUCUCAUUAAGAACAGUUCUCAUGUUAGCUAUUCAGUUGAUAACUCGUAUGGAAUAUGUGCAUUCAAAACACCUCAUAUAUCGUGAUGUCAAGCCUGAAAACUUUCUCAUUGGGAGGCAAUCGACUAAAAAACAGCAUAUCACUCAUAUCAUUGAUUUUGGACUGGCCAAAGAAUAUAUAGAUCCUGAAACUAAUAAACACAUACCUUAUCGGGAACACAAGAGUCUUACAGGAACAGCCAGAUAUAUGAGUAUUAAUACACAUUUAGGAAAAGAACAAAGUCGGAGAGAUGAUCUGGAGGCAUUAGGACACAUGUUUAUGUAUUUUCUAAGAGGAAGUUUACCAUGGCAGGGUUUAAAAGCUGACACAUUAAAAGAAAGAUAUCAAAAAAUUGGUGAUACAAAACGUGCCACACCUAUAGAAGUUCUUUGUGAAAACUUCCCAGAAGAAUUGGCCACAUAUUUACGUUAUGUUCGAAGAUUAGAUUUUUUUGAAACUCCCGAUUAUGACUACCUGAGAAAAUUAUUUUCUGAAUUAAUGGAGAAAAUGAAUUAUGACUGUGAUUGGCAAUUUGAUUGGGUGGGGAGACAAGUAUCUACACCCAUUUCAAUCAGUGCAUCAGAUAAUACUGGACCAUCACCACAACGAGAUCAUCGUACCAGACACGAUACCGGCAUGAAUAGGUCCAGUGCAAACACACGGGGGCAUGCGUGGGGAGAACAACCGCGACUCUCUGAUAAUUUUCUGGGUGCUAACCUAGCCUCUAAUAGGCAUGGGGGUUCUGUACAGGUGGUGAGUUCAACAAAUGGUGAUUUAGCUCCUGAUGAUCCUACAGCUGCCCAAUCUAACACACCUAUUACUGCUCAACCAGAAGUUGAAGUGGUAGAUGAAACGAAGAGAUGUCAAAAGCUAAUACGAAUACAAAGGCACAAGAUAUUGAGAAAUCAUGUUGAAAGAUAA